AACCAUCACUACCUUCGUAUUCAUACAAAUAGACGAUAAACAACUCUUUUCUUUUAACCCUCUAAUCACAGCAAAGCUUCGUUAUGUCUGGCCCUGGAGCUGGUUUCGAGUAUCCCCGCCGGGCUGUCACCUGGACAAAGCGUGAUGCCCUCCUCUUCGCAAACAGCAUUGGCUGCAAACCAGAUGAAUUGCACUUCCUCUACGAACUCCAUCCAAAUUUUGCCGUCUUCCCCACAUAUGUAAACAUUCUCCCAUUCAAGCUCACAAACACCGAUGUAAUCGACUUCUACAAAGUAUCAACAAGCACUCCAAUUCCCGGCGUCCCCGAAUUCAACCCUCAACGUGUCGUUGAUGGUGAACGCAAAAUCAUAUUCUUGAAACAGCUACCCACGUCUAGUGAGGGGAAACAAUUCGAGAUUUGGACCAAGAUUAUUGGAGUAUAUGAUAAGGGGAAGGCUUCGGUAUUGGAGACGGAGACCUCUUUGGUUGAUAAGGAGAGUGAAGAGGUUUAUGCGAAGAUGAUUGGGAGUGCGUUUUAUGUUGGUCAGGGGGGUUGGGGUGGUCCUAAGGGCCCCAGUGCUGUGAACUAUCCACCUCCCAAGGACAGAGCUCCAGAUGCUCUAUUCGUUGAUCAAACCAGCGAACAAACAUCCCUCCUUUACCGUCUCAACGGUGACUAUAACCCUCUCCACGCCACUCCCGAACCAGGCACAAAAAUGGGGUUCGGCGGCAUCAUCAUCCACGGUCUCUACAGCUGGAACGCCACCGCGCACGGAGUUCUCAAGGAACUCGGCGGUAGCGACCCCCAAAACUUACGAGAGUUUCAGGCUCGGUUUGCAUCUCCAGUUCGCCCCGGUGAUAAACUUACCACUGAAAUCUGGAGGACUGGAGAGGUAGACAAGGACGGAUUUGAGGAUAUUCGGUUCUCUACGAAGAAUCAGAAUGGAAAGGCUGUUUUGGCUAACGGGCGGGCGUUGUUGAAGGUUGCGACUAAACGUAGUAGGCUUUGAGGGAUGUCUUUCUACCUUGUGGGAAAUAUAUACAUCGAAAAGAUGAGAAUGCAAUAAGUCUCAAUUGCGUCUGAUGUACUAGUAACAGCCCAGAGAGCGUACCUAUACAGACUCUGAGCUCAGCUGUACACAUAUAUGUAAAAUACACGCGGAUCUGAUAUGGGCAAUUGUGCCCAUGUUCUGGGUUUUGUUGGAGUUCAAACACUCAGGCGAGUCUUGUAUGUACCGAUCUGGUUCAACGUAUUCUCCCUGCCGUUUUUAAGCAGACGGUAGCGAGAGAGGAAGUCAUCGUUGUUGACUAUCAUGGAAAAUGCUUUGUUAGAUGUCCAUG